AUGGUCAAGAAUCUUGAUCAUCUGCUUCACGAAAUCAGACCGAGCGAACUAAAUCAUUUUCCUCUAAAUUACAGGCAACUGCGCGGCGAUCUCAUUGAAACGUGCAGGAUUGUCAGACGUCGUGAAUGUGCUCUAGACUUUGAUGAAUUCUUCGAAUUGGCCGGAACUGACCGUCUGCGUGGUCAUCCCUUCAAACUGCAGAUGAAGCUGGCCCAUUCGGAUAUCCGACGGAACGCUCUCUCUCACAGGGUCAUUGGAGCAUGGAACGGACUCCCUGAUGCAGUGGUUCUUUCCGAAACUCUCGAAUCUUUUAAGUGUAUACUACAUGCUCAUUUGCUGAGAAACUACUGUACAUAAAAUCACGAUUGUUUUAACGGCGGCAGUUUGCUCCUUGCUCAUACUUACCAAAACUUUUGAAUUUCCGCAUUUGCUAAUGUAAUUGAUGAUAAUAUUUCUGUUUAUCGAUAUGAAUAGGGAGCUCAAGGGCGAGAGCCUCAUUCCCUUAGUAAACUAACUUAAACUGACUUGAACAUUUCCUUAUUAGCGAAGACUUUCAAAAGCUCCUCGAGCAGCAAUUCUCGCAAUGUGAGCAACGUUCUUUUGAACCCAUUUUCACGGAUGUUAAGAGGCAUGAACCCGCACCCAAUCUGUGGUAUCGAGAAUUUAGACGAAUCUGCAACCACGAUUUUAAGUCUUUCUGCUCCAAUUAAAAUCUUAGUUUACGGCAAUGCCUAGGCAGACUUUAACUUCUUCAUUUUUACUGAGAAGCCAGCUCUCUUUGCCUUUUUCUGGGGGUAUUCUUUCCCAGAGAGCCGAGUUUUGGAUAUGGCUGAAAUUUACUUAAUGGACAGUGGUCUACCCGGCUUAUUAGCCCGUCUGUGUGUGUGUGCCACACAACAACUUAUCGCUAAACUUGCGCACACGAAGAUUCGGUGGGUCUAUCUGGGAGCUCGCACAAGUAAGCAUAAUAGAAACCAUAGUAAGGAGUCAUCUCCACUUGUCCCUUAUUCCAGUGCCAUCAAGUGAGUUCCAAAGUGAAAAAUUUUCUUUUCGACAGAUUUGGACCGCCAUGACCGGUCCAAAUAUGCCAGCUCAGUUUAGUGAGUACUAUGCUGACUUGCGUUGAGAAAGGGUACAUACAUACAGGCCCUAGUCUCUUUACUCUUUUUGUCACAAAAACCUAUCGACCGAAUAGUGCUUAUGUUUGGCACAGUGAGUGGGUGCACACACGCCUGACUUUUUCACUGCUUCGACGGCAUGAGACCCCCAUUCGCGCAGUUCCUAAAUGGUGCUGCAUAUGAACACUACAAUAGCGGUUGCGAUAUGCGACUUGUUAAGCACCAAAUAUAAAAUAAGAUGUGCAUAUCGAACUGUUUUUUUUCAACUUUACCAAAAGCAUUGCCCUUGAUAACAUCCACAGAAUCUGGAAAAAAUCGCGAAUGCAUAUUUUAGUUUCCCAGAAGUUUUUUCAAAUUUUUGACCACAAUUUUAGCGGGUUGGACGAGAAAGAAACGUUGACCACAAUGUGUGGAAUUUUCAGGAAGAUCUUAAUUUGUUUAGAACUUAGACGACCCCAGGGAGAAGAAGUCAAAUUUUGAUUGUCCAGCAAAACCAGUUUUCCCAGCAUUUAUGUCUUAUUGCUCCCUACACGUCCCCUCAGGUUUCUGACUUACUUCUCGACGUUCUGCUCCGCAAGUAAACUACCAAAAAGCCUAUCCUUUCGAAGAUGAAGAUGCCAUCAUUGGAACAAGAAAUUUGUUGGCUUGACGUUUCGGAUUCUCACUCGAAUCUAGCAUCAGAGACAUUCGCAGAUAAAAGUGAUGGUGGCACCAGGAGUGUAGUAUUUAUAGCACGUGGCUACCGUGAGACCGUAUACGCACUGCAAUUGACAGUUCUCGCGAUCACCUCUGGGGUCGUUAUUGAUGCGUUGGUGGCUUAUCGGUCUGAUUUCGUCAUCCGUGCUGGAUGUUGGUGUGACGAUUGCUCGGCAAACUGGCUCACUGUCACUGUGAUAAUUGUUCGCCCGCCUCCUUCCCACGUAACUGCCCAGGGAAAGUCUCAGCACGGAACAUGGUACUGGGAGGUCAUUGUGCUUGUUGAUGCAUUGCGGGUCUGAGCACCAUGACUCGAGCAGCUCGCGGCUCACGUGGUUAUCACCCCUUGCGAGAAUUUCGGCUUCUUAAAAUUGGAAAAUAUUGCCGAGUCCUGUCGAGUGUGUCGCCACCUGACAGUUAGCGACUCCCCGCCUCACUGCUGCUGCGUGCUCGGCAAUUCGGGUACGGAGUAAUUUCCCAGUUUCUCCGACAUAGUUGCUUUGUCCGCAAAUACACCAUAUUCGGGUGACGACUCCAGACGUUUCCUGCCGUGGCACCGGAUCUUUAGGCAUUAUGAACUGGCGACUAAUUGUUGCUUCCGGCCUGUGUGCAACCCCAACUCCAAGUGGAGUGAAAAGAUGACUGACGGCUUCCGAGGCGUUCUUCAUGUACAGAAGAGCCCGCCAAAAUGUGGGGCCAGUUGGAUUUGGGCUCUGGUGUCCUUUUCGUAUGCACUGGUUGACAAAGUUGCGCGAGUAGCCAUUGGCUCUCAUUACUCGUCGAAGUUAUAGUAAUUCAACAACCUUGUCUUCCGUUUCACUGCAGUGCGUCUCGAAGCGCCGGUAUAGCGCCCUUACGCAUCUGCGUUUGUGACUGAUCGGGUGGUUGCUAUUGGAGUUCAAUAUUUGCGUCUUAUUUGUCGCUUUCUUGAACGCUUUGUUUUUUAGUCCACCACAAUCUUUGCGGCAGACGAGGACAUCCAAGAAGGCCAGCUGGUUGUUCUCCUCCUCCUCCAUCGUGAAUUGAGUGUCCGGGAAGACGGCGUUGAGAUGUUCUUUGAAUGUCAGCACCUGAUUCCUUUUGAUGACGACGAAGGUGUCAUCAACAUAUCGAGCCCAGAACUUCGGUCUGUGGUGUCGGAAAACCAGCGAUUCCAGCCGUUGAAGGACCGCCUCGGCUAUGAGUCCCGAAAUUGGCGAACCCAUUGGCGUUCCCUUCACCUGCUUGUAGAUUGUUCCGCCAAGCGCGAAGUACGUAUUGCGGCCGAACUUCAGGAGCUGGAUGAUUUGGGCGUGUCCGAGGCGAUUCUGCGUUUCGUCGUAUUUCUCUCGUAG